AUGGCUAAAAGAAACAUUGACAGCAACGUUUUGAAAUGCAGCUGCGACCUGGGGCUCACUAAGAAAAGUUUGGAGGACAUUUUUUCGUUACAAACUGUAAAAAACAGUUUAGAAAAUAUUACAUGUGUGAACGGCAACGUUACGACACCAAAGAGUUUAGCCAACCAGACAGAGUUCGAACCAUGCAGAGGAGGCAAUGUUAGCAUUUUCUCUGAGCCAGUUGAAUGUCGUGCUUGUGAAAACAAAAGUAGCAACUACGCAUGUCUAGAGUCGGGCUACACAGUUUGCAAGGGAGAUAAGAGAAUGUGUUAUUCCGAGAUCACGUGGGAUGAAACAGGUUUUUUGAUCACCGCCCGGUGUGAGGACAUUGGGGUGUGUUUGAACUCAGAGGUCAACAACCCUGACCUUUGCACCUACACAGGCGGGGUUCCGGUCACGUGUGUUUUCUGCUGUUUAGGACCUGAUUGUCAAGAGCACUCUAUUGGAGGUAGGACUGUGGACUACACAUACGUUUUAUCCUACAUUAGAAAUGGCGUUCCAUUUCAUGAAAAUAUGAAUCAUAGAAUAUCAGAGACAUUCUACAACGAACAGAAAAGAAUAUCUGAAGCUAUAAAAAGAAUGGUCGUUGGACUUCCAGGAGGUCUUGAUGUUUAUAUAUUACGCUUUGAGGAAGUUCCGUACAAAGCCACAAGCCAUCGAGUAAUUUUAAAAUUGGAAGUGACCGUUUUCAAUGUCAUUCGUUUUGAAGAAGCUAGACAAACACUGCAAAAAGACAUUUCCAUACAUUCGGAAAGUAAAAGUAGUUGGUUUGGAAAAGAACGAGUAGACAGAAAGUCUAUAAACUUAACUGAUGCUGAACUUUGCCCAAGAGCGACAUCAAAAGAACAUUCUCAAUGGGUGGAGUGGGAUCAAGCAGUUGUUGGCGAAUAUAAAAACAACACAAUUUUGGCUAACGGCGUUGAAAUACUUUUGACCAGAAUGUGCGUUUCAUUAGAUGGUGUAGCAAUGUGGGGUGAUGUGGAAGGAGAAGUGUUAACAAACAAAGACUCAAUCGGUUAUUCUAAUGUAUUAGAACCAUUUUUAAGACAAGAACCAUUUUUAAGACAAGGUGACAGCGAGAUAAACUACUAUUUUUGGAUUAAAAAUGAGUAUUUAAAUUUUUUAACAUGCACAGCUUAUUUUUAUUCUGUUACUGACGGCAGUGUUAAGAUUGGAUACUAUGACGCUUUAGCUUCCAAAGUUGUAGCUCACCAGGUACAGGAAAUUAAAAAACUACGUUCGGACAACGCAUACAAACUUUUACAAUGGAAAGAUGUUACAAAUGAAUCGAAUGUAGACUUCGUAGUGUAUCAGUUUGAGAACAUUGAUUUCAUCGAAGCGGAAACGUUCAUUGUUCUCACCGACAAUAGAGAAAUUCAAGAAUCGGUCUGCUUGAUAGGACUAACUUUUUGGAUCGACUCUUAUUAUUUUGUAUUUAUACAGCAAGUAUCCAUUCAUCCAUCCCUCUAUCCAUCGCUCCGUCCAUGA